CGCUGCCCGGAGCCGGGUCGGGCGUUUGAGAACUUUCGGCGCGUGGCAGCUGCCGCCGGCUCAACGCUUCCCCAGGUGCUGGGACUGCUAUCCCGUGGUUCAGCUCCACGGCUGUGCGUGGGGACGUGGCUGAAGCACAGCUCCCAGCGCUGGCGUGGAACGCAGCGUAUGAAGUCACAGUGGGAUGCAUGCCUUUGCUUCCAUGUUGGAUUUUAGCUCUGGGAGUUUGGUGCAUCUCAGCAGCAGCGUUCUUUCUUUAGCACUUUAGCUGGAAAGGAAGCAAAGCAAUGAGGAGAUUUGUUUACUGCAAGGUGGUGCUGGCCACUUCUCUCAUGUGGGUGCUUGUGGACGUCUUCUUACUUCUGUACUUCAGUGAAUGCAAUAAAUGCGAUGACAAGAAGGAGAGGUCCCUGCUGCCUGCUCUGAGGGCUGUCAUUUCCAGAAACCAGGAAGGACCCGGUGAGAUGGGGAAGGCGGUGCUCAUCCCAAAAGACGACCAGGAGAAGAUGAAAGAGCUGUUUAAAAUCAACCAGUUUAACCUUAUGGCCAGUGACCUGAUUGCUCUGAACAGAAGCUUGCCAGACGUGAGGCUGGAUGGGUGCAAGACCAAAGUGUACCCUGACGAGCUCCCAAACACCAGUGUGGUCAUCGUGUUCCACAACGAGGCCUGGAGCACCCUGCUGCGCACUGUGCACAGCGUGGUCGCCCGCUCCCCGCGCCGCCUGCUUGCCGAGAUCAUCCUGGUGGACGAUGCCAGCGAGAGGGAAUUUCUGAAGGCCUCCUUGGAGAACUAUGUGAAGAAGCUGGAGGUCCCAGUGAAGAUCCUCCGGAUGGAGCAGCGGUCAGGGCUGAUCCGUGCAAGGCUGCGGGGGGCUGCAGCUGCCCGGGGGCAGGUGGUCACCUUCCUGGAUGCACACUGUGAGUGCACCCGUGGCUGGCUGGAGCCAUUGCUGGCCAGGAUCCGGGAGGACAGGAGGACUGUUGUGUGCCCCAUCAUCGACGUGAUCAGUGAUGACACGUUUGAAUACAUGGCUGGGUCAGAUAUGACUUAUGGAGGCUUCAACUGGAAGCUGAACUUCCGCUGGUAUCCCGUGCCCCAGAGGGAGAUGGACAGGAGGAAGGGGGACAGAACCUUGCCUGUAAGGACCCCUACUAUGGCUGGUGGCCUAUUUUCUAUUGACAGAAACUACUUUGAAGAGAUAGGAUCUUACGAUGCAGGAAUGGAUAUCUGGGGUGGAGAGAAUCUUGAAAUGUCUUUUAGGGUUUGGCAGUGUGGUGGCUCCCUUGAGAUUGUCACAUGCUCACACGUUGGCCAUGUCUUCCGUAAAGCAACCCCUUACACCUUUCCUGGUGGCACAGGACAUGUCAUCAACAAGAACAACAGGAGGCUGGCAGAGGUCUGGAUGGAUGAGUUUAAAGACUUCUUCUACAUAAUAUCCCCAGGUGUUGUGAAGGUGGAUUACGGCGAUGUGUCAGCCAGGAAAGCGCUGAGGGAAGCCCUGAAGUGCAAACCCUUCUCGUGGUACCUGGAGAACAUCUACCCCGACUCGCAGAUCCCGCGGCGCUACUACUCACUGGGAGAGAUCAGGAAUGUUGACACCAACCAGUGUUUGGACAACAUGGGCCGUAAGGAAAACGAGAAAGUGGGCAUCUUCAACUGCCAUGGCAUGGGAGGGAACCAGGUGUUUUCCUACACGGCAGACAAGGAGAUCCGCACGGAUGAUCUGUGCCUGGACGUGUCGCGGCUGAACGGCCCUGUGACCAUGCUCAAAUGCCACCACAUGCGAGGGAACCAGCUCUGGGAGUACGAUGCUGAGACCCACACAUUUCUACACAUAAUCACCCAGUCAUGCCUGACACUCAGCAGGAUAGAGGAUGGCACCCAUGGUCCCACCGUGGAGGCUUGCAAUGGUAGCCCCUUGCAAACUUGGAUGCUAAGGAACUACACCAGGCUGGAAGUCUUUAGAAACAUUUUUUACAGCCCCACUGAUUAUUUCCUUUAACAAGCUGUUGGAGAAGCUCACCCUGAGGCACGUCAACAGCAACCAGUGCCUGGACGGGCCGUCGGAGGAGGACAAGCUGGU